UACAAACAAUAGUGACGACGGGUGGGUGAUGCCCAACUUCCUCCUGGAAUAUUCACUCGCUAUCUGGAUUUAUGACUCCUCGGUGACCAGAAUAUCUCCUUAGAACCUCAUUACGAAGAAUGCUGGUCUCGUCACUGUGUCGUGUUUGCGAGUGAGGGAUGACGCCAUCCUUCCUGCUGGCGACCUAAUGUGAUACCACUUGCAUUAUGGCCAAGCGUCAGAGUUAUUCACAAUGCCUCGGCUAGCAGGUCUUGGCUAAGCUCAUCUCUGGAUGAAUUUGCUUGCCAGUCCCUGCUGGCUGAGUGAAGAGCCUUGUUGGGAAGUGAGACAGGGACAUGUAAUGGAUGGUUUUUAAAAGUCAAUUUGGUGAAUUCUUGUCAAGUCAGUAAAAUGAGAAAAAUUUUUCAAGCUAGCUUCUUAAAUUGUACUGAAACUAGUGACUGUAGGCUAAGCUUUUAUUGUGUAUGAGCAUAUCGUCAAACCAGUGUUGUAUGAGGCACUUUGGUUAAGUCAUGAGCACGAUGAUUUCAAUUUGGUGAAACUUAAGCACAAAAGAACCAGUUUGGUGAAGUCCCCAAAACGCAAUAAAACCAGAUUAGUGAAGUCACUGUCUAGUGAAUCCAGUGUGAUGAAUGCACUGUCUAGUGAAACAACUGACUAAAGUCACCACCAGUUGGGGAAGCUAAGGACAAAACAAAGCUAGUCUAAUGAAGUUGUGAGCACAAUAAAACCGGUGAGAAGCCCCGAGCACAAAAGAGCGGGUUUGGUGAAGCAUCUCUUACAACAAGGCCAGCUUGGUAAAGUUACCAGUGAAAGGAAACCAACUUGGUGAGCCCAACACCUGGUGAAGCCGUUGUCGAGGGAAGCCAUCUUGGUGAAGCAAGUAACGUUAAGAGGAUAUGAGAGAAGUGGCUGGUGACCGCCGCUCCUCGCUCAACUGAUCACCAAGUACAAGUGGUGGGCGCAGCAGCGAGGAUGGGCGUGGUUGAGGUGGGCGUGAGAGUGUUGCGUGGGCCGGACUGGAAGUGGGGGGAGCAAGACGGAGGUCCGGGCCAUGCCGGUACAGUGGUGGAGGUGGGGCGGCCCGGGUCCUCCACCACUCCGGACCGCACCGUGGUGGUCCAGUGGGACGCCGGGGCCCGCACCAACUACCGAGUCGGGUACCAGGCCGCCCAUGACCUCAGGUUGCUGGAUAACGCCCCUAUAGGUGUAAAACAUCCAAACCACAUCUGUGAUGGCUGUAAAAGGCAAGCCAUCGCUGGGAUGCGAUGGAAGUGCAGCUCUUGUUUCGAUUAUGACCUCUGCACUACCUGUUACAUGGCUGACAAGCACGACCUAAGCCACCCCUUCAUUAGAUACGAAACUGUCGCGUCAAAGGGGAUUGAGGUGGGCCAGAGAAAGAAUGCAGAGAAAAUCCCAUUGCAAGGUAUUUUUGUGGGGGCCAAAGUCAUCAGAGGACCUGACUGGGACUGGGGCAAUCAAGAUGGUGGGGAAGGAAAGUGUGGCCGAGUAACGGAUAUCCGAGGGUGGGAUAAUGAGUCUGGAAGAUCUGUAGCCAAUGUAAUCUGGGUGUGUGGGUCAACCAAUGUGUACAGAGUUGGACACAAAGGAAAAGUUGAUCUAAAGGUUCUAUGGGCGGCUACAAAUGGUCAUGUUUAUACACAACAACUCCCUGUACUUGGCAAACAAGAAGAGUCUGGCAGUAGUGGAGAGGUUGGAAUUCCCACAUCUCCUCGUCAUGUUCCAUUCUCAGUCGGGGAGCGAGUUCGAGUUGUUGUAACAGUAGAUGAGUUACGCACAAUGCAGGAGGGUCAUGGUGGCUGGAAUCACAAAAUGGCAGAGUUCUUGGACAAGGUGGGCAUCGUUCACCGCAUAACAGACAAAGGAGAUGUUCGUGUUCAGUAUGAAGGAUAUGCAACUCGGUGGACUAUUCAUCCUAGAGCACUGGCACGUGUCACAUCCUACACCACAGGCGAUAUGGUCAAUGUUAUAUCAAAUGUUGCAAAAGUGAAAGAAUACCAAAAAGGUCAUGGUGAAUGGAUUGAGUACAUGAAAAGUGCCCUCGGAAAGACUGGAGUAGUUGCAAGAGUCUACCCUGAUGGUGAUCUGCGAGUUAGCGUUGAGGGGAAGACUUGGACAUUUAAUCCACAGUGUGUGGUUUCAGCUCCUCGCAGUACAGAAUAUAACAACACCAUGAGAGCUAAUGAACGUCAGGACCACCCUAGUGAUGCAACUGGUGGUGGAAAUGGUGCAGGUCCUCUAGCAUCGAUCUUGCAUCAAUUACUCGACACUGAGCAAGACACUUCAGUAGUAGACCAGCUUGUGAGGGAGGCUGCACAGGGACACACUCAAGCUGUUUCUCACCUCCUCGCUAAACACCCAGACAAGGUAGAUGGACGAAGCUCUGGCAAAACGUGUUUGCAGGUUGCUUGUCAUCAAGGUCAUAUGGACAUUGUUCGUCUGUUACUUGAUCACAAGGCUUCAUUGGAUAUUGCUGAUGAUGAUGGAGAUUUGGCUUUGCAUUAUGCUGCUUUUGGGAAUCAGCCUGAGAUCAUGGAGUUGUUAUUACGGAAAAAUGCAUCAAUUAAUGUGGUGAAUAAAGGAAGGUGUUCUGCUCUACAUGUGGCUGUCAACAAGCAACAUGCUGCCUGUGUUAAAGUACUUCUUAAGUACAAUUGCGAUGUGAAUGUCCAGGACUCAUAUGGUGACACUGCUUUACAUGAUGCUAUUGGGAAAGAGAGCAUAGAAAUUCUGGAACUACUUGGUAACUCGCCACACCUGGACUUAGCACUGCGUAACAAGCGAGGGUUCAACGUUCUUCAUCAUGCUGCAUUGAAGGGCAAUAACUUUUCCGCUGAGAAGCUAGUUUUGCGUUCAAGGCAGUAUGUAGAUGUACGGAAAGAAGAUGGCUUCGCAGCACUGCACCUGGCAGCCCUCAAUGGCCAUCGACAAGUAGCUGAGACAUUGAUCACAUUAGGUCAAGCUGCUGUUGACAUUGCCAAUAACAAAAGACAAACUCCAAGAAUAUUUUAAUUUUGCCAGGGUCACUGUGGUGUGGUAGAGCUGCUUGUGGACAGUAAUGCAGACAUCCGGGCGUGUGAUGAAGAUGGGGACACAACGCUCCACCUGGCUCUCCUGAAGAACUCCACCAUCCCCCAGGCUCACCCUACUCAUGCACCAACCAUCACCCAGAUCCUGACUGACAUUGCCCAACGUGGCUUUGAAAAUAAUGUGUCACUGGCACUUGCCUGUUACUUGGCCCAGAAGGGUUGUAAUGUGACUGUUGCCAAUAACCGCUCAAAGACUCCAUUGGAUCUCAUCAAUGACCCAAACACCAUUGAUCUUCUGCAGAGUUAUACAACAGGGGCCAGUGGAGGAAGUAUGGCUCGUGUUGACAUGGAUCUCAAGGCAUUGGAUUUAGCUGCUGAGAGCAUUCGGCGUAGAAGUCUAGACAACCUUUCCCCUGACUCCCCAUCCAACUCUUCCGUGCAGCCUAAGCCACAGUCUCAUUCCCAGCCUGUUAGUCCAACUAAGGUGUCAGGUGAACUUGACAAGGUAAUACCAUCACCUCAGCCACAAAAUGACUGUAAUAUGGAAAAGGCAGAAGAGAGCACAGUAGACUGCUCCAUCUGCCUAGAGUGUCCUUCAAACAUAAUCUUCCAGCCGUGUGGACACUGUGUUACAUGUGAGGACUGCUCCAGUAGAGUAAAAAAAUGCUUCCAGUGUCAUGAGGUAGUAGUCUCAAAAGUUACAAAAGAUGGAAGAAUAGUCUCAAGCAAGUCAAGACAGCCCUCAGCUGAAAGAUUGAGGUAUUUGGAGACCAAGAUUGCUGAGAUUGAGGAAGCCCAUUGUUGCAGCAUCUGUAUGGAGCGUCGACGCAAUGUUGCAUUUUUGUGUGGUCAUGGUGCUUGUGUUAUAUGUGCUCAUACCCUCAAGACUUGCCACAUGUGUCGUAAACCGAUAUCCAAGAAAAUUAAUCUUUACUAAAUUUAGUUCAUGUGGGUCACUAGGAAUUGUACAUACAGUAUUCAAUAUUUAUACAUUGAAACAAAUGUGAUAUUGCCAAGACUUGUUACUUGUUUCUUACAAGGACCUGGGUGGUCCUUCUCUCCUGUGGUGGGAUCAGUGUAAAUAAUAAAGUGUCUCAUUGUAGGUAUCUUUGUGGACCAGGUGAUACUGUUAAUUGCUACAGCCAUUAGUUACUUACCAUUAACUAUACCCAUUUCAAUAAUGGGAAACUAUAGCAAGUAAUUAAGAAUAUGAAACAAACAUGGUGCUAGAACAUUUUAUUUGAAAAUAAAAAUGUAUUUAAUAUGCAGCAAUGUAUUGCCAGUGAUAAUAAUGAAAAUAGUACUGAGCAAACAUCAUAUGUGCUUUGUGAAUUACAUAUUAGUAUGAUUAUAAUUAUCCAGUGGUUUUUGUGUUGGGACAAUAUGAACUCUGAUAUAGUGCUCUUGGUGACGACAAGGAAAAGAUAUAAAGAUUAUUACUGUAUGGUCAUUAUGUGUUGUCAGUGCAUUAUUAGACUGGAGUGUGUAGCAUCUAUUGUAUACAUACUCUUCUUGCCAAGAGAUGGGUGAGCAACUCCUGCUUUGAUAACUAAGUGUUUAUUGUAUGUACUGUACUACUGUGUCUUUUCCGUCUUUCUCUGCAGUCUUGAAAAACAAUGACUGAUCUGGUAAAAUCUCUGUCAUAAGCUCUUUUUCAAUAUCCUUGACAUAGCAUAAAUAAAAUCAUAAAUAAAUUAUUUUGAUGGAGAAUUCUGAAUUUUAUAUAAAUUUUCACUGUCAUCUCACAAAGGAACUUGAAUUGCAUGCAGUGAAAUUUAAUUAUUUUAUAUGAUGAUGUUUAAACUUCAAGCUGUUCGGGCAAAUCCAGAGCCCUGUCUUUUUUCAAAUAUUUCUUUCAAGUGUCUUUCUCAUACAAGGCUUAGAUUAAGAAAACUUUUAUUGCCUGAUGUUGGUCCAAGGAGACUUUCUGUACUCAUCAUGUCAACAAGUUACAACCCAGGCUAACCCUUGAUGUUGAUAGCUGGCACUAUUUCAAACAAUAAGUAAACAUUUCCUGUAACAAACGUAGCUCUUGGCAAAGGGUCUAGGAGUCAGAGAUUUACCAUUUAAGGCUGCGACCUACACAACUCUUGGUGCUACAGUGGCUUGCACAUCAGACCUUUCCUUGUCAAUCAUUGGGCAAACUAUAAUUUUCAGUAUCAUAUCUCAGUCUAGCAAUCUCCACACUUAAUACAAGUCAUUCUCUGGAUAGCUCUACUUCAUAACAAAGCUGAGUUGUACUUAACCCCUUAUUUAGUACUGGUUGAUAUUAACAGCUAUAUGCACAUGCUGUUAGUGUGUUGGCAGCAUUGAGCUUAUUAUUGUGAAAUGAUUUUGUAUUCAUUAUCAUAAAUCUUUAAAAAAAGUCUGAAAUAAUUUAGUAAGUUAUUAAACUUUGCAUUGUAUUUGAACUUAGUAUUUAUUGUGGGUAAUUUAUGUUGUCAUUUAAUGCUACAGUAUUAUGGCUUCAGACAUUCUCUCACUUCAUAUUUCCCUCCUUAACAAGAUCAUGCAAUUGGAAACCCAUUAUGUUCCUGGAUCAUCCACUAUUUACCCCAGAAAGUACUGUAUACAAUUGAAGUACAAAGUCAUAUAAAUGGACAUGGUAAUGUCCUAUAAGAAAUAUAACCACAAACUUUUGGUUCACCUCCACUUGCCUAAAACCUUUUAGGACCAAUAAUUAGAGAGAAAUUGGCAGAUAAAUCAACUUACAGCACAUACAAGAAAGCCUGAGCAGCGUUGAGCAAGUACAUGUUGUAAACAACCAAGAUGCUGUGUCACUCAGCGUGUGCUUUUGUAGGUGGCAUCAUUUAAAAUAAUUAUACUUAUUAGUAUUAUUGUAGGCUAUUAUCAGUAUUAUUGUUAUUCAUUAAACAUAAUUAAAAUGUGAAUUACAAA